AUUUCAAGAACAUUCACGAAGCGGCGAGAAAGGUUACAUCAACUUUUGCCAAAAAAAAUAAAUUUUUAUGUCUUAAUAACAAUUAAAAAAUCUAUAAAAUGGAAGAAAACUCAGAAUCAAAGAACAAACGUGACUCACCAACUCGCGACAUGCUUGAACAUGAAACCAACAAAAAAGACAAAACGCCCAUCAAAUCCAACAGUUUAGUGAAAUUCGAGGCUUGUAAAGUUGCGAAUUUCUCCCGUUUGCAAUGUAAUACGGAUUUGAAUUUACCGCCGAGUAAUUGGUUGUGCAACGACGAUUACGGCUUGAAACAAGUAAUUUCGCAUUCCAAGGGCGUUUCGAGCUUCAAAAUGGCAAAUAUGUUCCAAGAGAUGUUUUCGGACGAUCCAAUUGGGGACAUUGACGUCAUUUCGGAUGCGGAAAAUAUCAAGAGGAUCCUAAAAUUGCCGUAUUCGGAGAAAAGUGUAAUUUCGAUGAUCGUUCAUCGUGUCAACAACACACUUUUGAUCGAUGAUUUCGAUAUUCAUAAAUAUUUUUUGAUGCAAGCGAGCGAAGAUUGGGAUUGGUUGCGGAAAUUUAUCGUGGAUCAUGUCGUAAAUAGCAUGAGCGAGAAGGAAAGGAGCGUUUUUCUCAAAAGUAAGGGCGCUUCGAGAGAUAUGCUUCAACGGAUGAACCUGAUGAGCAAAUUUUUGUACUACAGCGCGAAGCCAGAGGACGAAGACAGCACCGCGGAGAAGUCAGAAAACGAAAAAGAAGCCGAAGAACAAAUUAUGAAGGCAUUGCAGGAGCAACAACAUCAAACGCCGCUCUUGAAAGGUCCCAGAUUGCCCGAUCCAGCGACGGAGGAGCAUCUUCCACGCUCCCAGCAACAUAAUCGCAACGUAAUUUGGACUUUUGAAGACAUCCGAAUGCUAAUCGGGACAGAUUUGCCGAUUUUUGGCAACUCAAAUCGUCCUUGCAUCACUUUACGCUUGAGAGAUGCUCGUCAACCGAUCUCCGUUCUCACCGGAAUCGACUGCUGGCUCGACAAUUUGAUGUGUAACGUGCCCGAAGUCGUCAUGUGCUACCAUUUAGACGGCAUUGUGCAAAAAUACGAACUCAUCAAGACCGAAGACUUGCCUUAUUUGGAAGAUUCGCAAUUCUCGCCGCGUAUCAUUCGUAAUGUAGCGCAACAUAUUUUGUCCUUUUUGAAGUCGAAAGCAACGAAACCCGGACACACUUAUUGGUUGUUCAAGGGAAGGAAUGACGACGUCGUGAAACUUUAUGACUUGACGACACUUUGCAAGGGCGAGGCAGUCGAUAAAAAUCCCUUUACGACGCCAGUUGCGAUGUUACUGUAUUCGGUGGCGAAAAAUAUCAAAGAAAAAACGAUCACGAUGACGCCAAAGACGGCGGGUUGUAUUAAGAGUUUGUUGGAUAAUUGCAUCAAACUGUUGCCGAAGGAGAAAUAUCCGCAAAUUGUGACGUCGUCGCAUUAUAUGUUGUCGGAUUUGUUUGUGCCGUCGACUAUUGAUCCCAAGGCGCCGUGUUUUUAUGAUGAAAAACAGGCUGCUCAAGAAGACUCCGACACAAACACGGAAACCAGCUCCUUAUUCGACGAAGAAGUCGAAAGUGAUCCUGAAACUGACGAUGGCUCAUUCGACUUAAACCUGAACAAAAACUCAACUCUCGAACACGCCGCAAAAAGUCUCAAAGAAACCCUAAGCGACUACAACCAAAACGGCAACUCUAUGAAAAAAUUCAACGCCUCUCCGCCGCCUUUAUCCUCAACUGACGUCGUCGAACGCAGCACUUUAGCCUUAAAUCACUUGGCAUCCGGCUUAUCUUGCUUACAAUACUUUGACACUUCGGAAGAAGAAAAAGCCAAAGAACAAGAAAAACAAAAAAGAUUAUACGAAGAACAAAAUCCAAACUUGGCAAAUCCAUUUCAACCGAUCCCAAUGCCUUAUGAGACCUUGGAGACAGAAGAUUCAAGGAAAAAUUCGAGUAAAAAAGGCAAAAAAGGUGUCAAAAAGCAAAAUUCGGUCGAAGAAAAUGAUGAUUUGAACAAAUCUCUUCUCCCCUUGGCAGCUACGGAGAUAAUAAAAUGUUCGUGGAACACACAUCUCAAAUUAUUGCUGUUCGAAAAGGCUUGUCUCGUGUAUGUGACCAAAGCGGAACAUGCUUAUGCCAACGAAUGUUACGGAGUUUGCUUAAAAUUCAUCUAUGCAUCCAUCAAAUGUCAUCAACUGAUCAAAACUUACUUGCCCGAUAUCAAAACUGAGCGAAAAAAUUGGCUUUUGGGACGUGCGGGCGAUUGUUUCUACCAGUUUAGCAAAAAUUUGGACAAAUUCGAGACGCAAAUGGAAGGUUUCACGUCACAAAGUGAAACGGAUCGCUAUAUUCAGGAAGAAUUGUGCAAAGAUGCCGAAAUUGUCGAAGAAAAUUUACCAAAACCGAGUAAAAAUGUCGAAGAAUUGCUCCAAACGUCAUGUGCUUUUUACGAGGCGGCUUGCGGCGACGCUGAUCCCGAAACGCGACUCGAAUACCGAAGAAGAUUGGCAAGUGUCAACAACGAUUUGGGUAAUCGGUACAUGUCUUUGGCCCAAAUUGCCUUCGAUGACUACCUCAAAGCCCAAGAAGAGCUGAAAAAGGAAGAAAUUCUGCCGGAAACGACCAAAAAUCCUUCAGACGUCGUCGAAAUUCCGGUUUACAAAGCAUUUAUGAUGAAAUGUUACGAUGCCUUCAACAAGGGAAUCGUUUUGUUCGAAGAAGUUCAAGACAGUACGAAUUUAAUUCUCAUGUUAACCAACAUGGGACGCUUUUUCCGUCUCAGAUCGCACAUGCCGAUGCCCGGAGAAACCGCAAAUGACCCGAAUAUCACCCGAAAAUUCUAUAACGAAGCAUUUUCGUAUUAUCAAAGAGCUUUGGGGAUCGUUGGAAGUCGCAAAAAUAACCCAGAGUUGUGGGAAUUGAUCAGUUGGGAACUUUCGGGAGCAACUUUCAACUAUGCAAAGACGUUACAGGACUAUGGAUUGAUGGAUAAUCGCUUGUCGACGGAAGAAAUCGAACAUAGUGUCGUUGAAGCGCUCCAAAAAGCACUGAGAUUGUGUCAAACUGACACCGGAAGUACCAAACAAGUACUUUAUACCUUCCGUGCGGGACUCAUUCAUCAUCGCCUUGGCUCGUUAUAUCAUAAUUUCUGGCUUAAACGAGAAAAUUGUGAUGAAAAUAAGAAAAAAACGUAUCUCACGCUCUGUCGGAUGCAUUAUGAAAAGUCAGCAAAGAUUUUUCAAAGCCUCAAUGAAACGCGGGAAUUCAUGGAAGUCCAAUUGAAACGCGUUUCAGUCGCCGAAUCGCUCACAGAAGCAACGGCAAGUCCCACAGCUAAAAUUAAGCAUUUACUUGUGACGAUGGAUCUCUUGUACGAAUCUCAGCCGAUUUUGCAGAAAAUUGUCGAAUCGGAAAAUCUUGCGGAAGAUCUCCCAAAAAUGUUGGAAUUGUUUGAACAAAGACUCCAAAUUUGUUUGAGAACGUUGGCGAAGACUUACAGCAAUAUGAGCGGGAAAAAGGGAAAUGAAGCACAAGCAACGUUGUUUAAAUCGAUGUUCGGAAUGACUUUGAGACCUCCGGGCAAGCAAGAGACGAAAGAAUUGGCAUCGCACUUAAAUCAAGUUCUAGUUAAACUAGCGGAAAAGCAAAAAUCGUUGAAUUAAUUUAUUAUUUUGUUUAAUAAAAAGAGGAAAAAAAGGUGAUAAAUUCUUUCUAAAUGAAGUUUUUUUUAAUAAAAGUGAAGUUUUUAAGGUAAACAUUUAAAUUUUUGACAAUAGAUGGCGCUUUAUUGAACUAAUUUUUCAUUUUGAGCU